AUGACUACCCAGAAUUAUUCUGUACAGAUGGAUGAAGAAUAUAUAGACUAUUUGUUAGAUGUUUCUCUCUGUAUUUUUCAUGAGGAUGCGUCAGUUGUGAUGAAAGGGAGGACAUUCGACUAUAGCACAAUUCUUAACUUGGUAAGAGCUAUAGAUCUUUCCAACAAUAAUUUCUCAGGAGAGAUUCCAGUAGAAUUGACAAAUCUUGGAGCACUGAGAUUAUUGAAUUUGUCACAUAAUCAUUUUACUGGUAGAAUUCCUGAGAAUAUCGUUGGAAAAAUUCCUUUGUCCACUCAGUUACAAUCCCUUGAGGCAUCUUCUUUCACAGGCAAUGAACUUUGUGGACCGCCACUUACUGAGAACUGCACUGCAACUAUUCUGACAUCGGACCAUGAUAGUGGAGGAGGAAAUGAUGAUGGAGAGAUUCCAGAAGAAUUGAAAAAUCUUGGAGCAUUGACAUCAUUGAAUUUAUCACACAAUCAUUUUACUGGUAGAAUUCCAGAGAGUACUGAUGUUAUAGAAUCGCUGAAGUCCAUUGAUUUUUCUGGAAAUAAGUUGUCUGGUAAAAUUCCACAAAGCAUUUCAAAUCUGUCUUUUUUAUGUUCCUUGAACUUCUCCAACAACUUCAUUGGAAAAGUUCCUCUGUCCACUCAGUUACAGUCCCUUGAGGCAUCUUGUUUCACAGACAAUGAGCUUUGUGGACCGCCACUUACCGAGAACAGUACUGUAACUAUUCUGAUAUCAGACCAUGAUAGUGGAGGAGGAAAUGAUGAUGGUAGUGAACAUGAAGUUGACUGGUUCUACGUAGGCAUGGCACUUGGAUUUAUGGUGGGUUUCUGGGGUGUAAUAAGUCCUUUACUUAUCAACAGGAGGUGA